GUAUCACAGCGCGCUCGUCGGAACCAUCUUAUGAUACUUGUUGGGACUCUCGAUCCAGCCAGCGUCGCAUCGCCGACCAUGGUACUGAUAUCAUCAGGAAUGUCGCCACUGCUGGCGUGAUCAGAGUUAUCGUGGUGAUUGCUCCUCCGAGGCAUCUGUGGCAAUUGCGGUACACGCGGUAGCAAUCCCGGGAGAUAUAGCGCCUUGGUCCACUCGCCUCCUAUUGUUAGAUCACUUGAAGAGAAUAGGCCCUGAAUGAACCGCUCUUCUCACGACCUCCAAGGCACUAUUACCUGACUUCUCCUUGUACACUCAUAACAGGCAGUAGAGCAGACAAAGCACGCACAUAUCGCCAUCAACAUACCCCUCGUCUUCGUCAUUCGCUUUUCUGUGCGUUUAUUUUCAUCUUCAUAUUGAUAUUAUUCUUCUCCCCUAUAACCAUCCCAAAAUAUGUCCCCAUUCGCCUGGCGAGAGGAAAACGAAGAGCAGGACGGCCUUAUGGGCGAAGGCCCGGUGGCCUCCCGGUCCGUCCAGGCAAGCUACUACAAGAAGCGGUACAGCCGGCUACGGGUCAUCGUGGCCAUCCUCACGCUCGCCGUCGCCGGCCUGGGGUCCACGCUGGCGGUGAUAGUGUCGCGAACGCAGAGCGCUGACGAACACGACGCGCACGCCUCGUGGAUGCCUCCACAGGACCAGGUUAACAAGGUCUUCUGGCCGAAAGAUCAGUUCGCCAUCGACCCAGAUGACGAGUCUGAAAAGGCGUGGGACAGCCUCUUUCCUGUGGGCGGCGGAUUUGUUGACCUAGCCAACGACGCAUCUAUUCCUCCAGGUGCACUAGGUUCCGAACGUCGCGCCGUGGUUUCCGUUUUCCACCAACUCCAUUGCCUGCGAAUGAUACGCACAGGCUACUUUGUCGCUGCAGCAGGCGACCCGGGCGCGGUGGAACAGGGACCUGGACAUCUCGGUCACUGCUGGGACUACCUCCAGCAGGCUAUUACGUGCAGCGGAGAUAGGACACUAGAGUUCGUGCAUGAAGGUGACCCCGGAAGUAGUGGGUGGGGUUAUGAGCACCAGUGCAACGACUUCUCGGCAAUCUUUGCGUGGGUCGAGGACCGCAAGACAGUUAACCACACUGGGAUCGUUGCCACUUCCCCUUCCAAUUCUUCUAAAUCUUCGAAAGAAAAUGGCCAUGGACAUGACCGUCGGGGGUGAAUAACUGGGGUCUCCUAAUAUCUCAAUCUGUAUUGUUUCAUGGCGAUGGAUUACAUGUUUUGGUGGAAAUCAAGUGUUCUUUCUGAUAGCUCUAUUGUCUCUAACCUGAAUGAUAC